AUGUCAGCUGAACCCACGCGGGUGCCGUUGGCUCUAGGCAUUAUUAUACCUCUGGUAUGCCUCACCUUUGUCGUUGUGAGUCUCCGUAUCUACACACGUGCGAUUAUUAUAAAAAAUAUUGGCGUCGAUGAUUAUUGGGCUAUUGUCUCCUUCUUAAUUAAUGUAUGGUCAGGAAUCAACUAUGGUUUCGGAAGACGCAUGUCAUUCCUUACCAGUGAGCAGCGAUCCAACUUCAUGAAAGUUCUCUAUAUCUCGAUUAUUCUCUAUAACUUCACAAUCAGCGCUAUUAAAAUGACCUUUCUAGCACAGUACUAUCGAGCCUUUGCGACGCAAGGUACCAAGAAGAUCCUCAUAAUUUCUAUAGGGAUAGUUUCGACUUGGAGCAUAUCACAGAUCUUUGUCGUUCUAUUCCUUUGUCAGCCAAUGGCGGCCUUCUGGGAUAAGAGCAUUGAUGGCAAAUGUUUGCCGAAUAACCCCCAAUGGUAUAUCAAUGCUGCAGGGAAUAUCGCAACAGAUGUUUUGAUCAUUCUACUUCCUAUGCCUUUCUUGAUCAGACUCAAUAUUCCAUCUCGCCAACGAUACGCUCUGGUGGCUAUUUUCUGCCUGGGUUUCUUGUAG